GCGCCGGGAGGCCCAGAAAACAGGCCCGGGUCGGACCCCCGGUAGAGGCGGAGCCAUGGUGGACCCGUUUAGGGAGCGCACCGCCCGGCUGCUGACGGACUACCUCGAGUUCUGCGCCCGGGAGCCGGGCACUCCCGCUCCUGCGCCCUCCACGCCCGAGGCUGCCGUGCUGCGCCACGUGGCCGUCCGUAUCCAGGAAGCAAAUCGAAACGUCUUGCUCCUUUACCGCCGCUUCCGCAGGCACCGCGUCGAGCUGGUGGCCAGGAUGGCGCAGAGGCUACUCGACGAAGACCCUGGCCCCAGCUGGGGCCGCGUGGCCUCACUCGUGACUUUCGCGGGGUCGCUGCUGGAGAGGCCGCCGCAGACGACCCGACGGCAGAAGAGAGACGACGACGGCGUUAGCAGGGACUGUCGGCUCCUGGUGGCCCUUCUGUGUGCCCAGUUCUGCGAAAGGCACCGCGCCUGGAUGAUGGCCAACGGCGGCUGGGAUGGAUUUUGUCUCUUCUUCAGCCACUCAUUGCAGCCAUCUUGGGAAAGACAGCUAGUCUGGUUUUUCCUCUCAUACUGGACAGUAAUAAUCAUAAUCUACUUCUGGAUGAAAUUAUCGUGAGUUCUAAAAUUCUUAACUCAUUUCUGCCUGCCUAACUCUGACCAACCAAGCAAAUUUGAAAUGUGAAAGACCAAAUCAAAGUAAACCACCUUCUGAGACAUUUUUAUCUGCAUUCAUAUAAGGAGUCCUUCAGUGUUUCAGCCAGCGUUUUAACUCCUGACAACCCAAUAUAUUGGGACAAAGGCAUAAAUGGCUGUUUUUAAAAUGGGGGACACAGGGGUCCAAAGGCUUAUUGCUCCAAAGAAUUACAGAAGAAACCGCUUAUCAUUAACUAUGAAAUGUGGGGCUAUUUGCUACAUUGGGAUAAGAGUGGAUAUGCGUCUCUCAUCUAUCCAUGAUUUCAUGAGCUACUACUGAUUGAUUUAUCAAGGCAGUAUAUCAGGGGUGUAAAAUGAUACCACAAGUUCCCUGAGUCACAGUCUGACAAAGAAUGUAAUAGUAAAUCUUUUUAAAGGAAUCCUUUCUAAAUUCUUCUUGGU